AUGAGUGUCAAACAACUGUACAUGAAUGUUGGUUUGGAUGUUGCAUCUUGCUGGCCUGCCCACUCCAAGCUGGGAGUUGAGCCAUGGGAACUGUGCGAAGGCAUUGAUCUUGUGGUUCCUAGACAGAGGGCACCACGUGAGGCUGGCUUCACAGAGCAGCGAUCACCUCUGGCUCUUGACAGUGGAGGGAUCACAGGCUUCUGCACUUCCAAUCCGAUGAGCUUGGCGAGCCUAUCUCUUGAACCAUCACCUUUUUUAUUCUUUUAG